AGCCGUCUUCUCUGGAUUCCGACUGCAGGGAUAAAGAAAAGGCUUUGGUUUUUCUGUGGCGAAGGCGUCUUUGUGCAGAGGGGGAAACCGUGAGUUCUUCUUUUUCUAAAGAACUCUACAAACGGAGACUCGUCGAGGAGAGGAGCUCCGACGGUUUCUGCAGCAGAGACGUUGGAAGCUGGUUAAUUAAGAGACGCUCGCCUCCGAGGCUUUAAUCCCCUCCGGGUGAUCCGUCAUCACACACUGCUGCACAGGAGCGCAACAAGGUCAGAAAAGUGACAGCCGGCGGGGCGCAGACGCACCGCAGCACGGACGGUAAAAUAUUAAAGUGGAUACAGUAGAUAAUGGGAGGCUGUGUGUGGUUAAUGGAUGAGUCGGACGAGGACAGACGCUGUGCCGCACCUGUUGCUGCCGUCACUGUCCUCGUCCUCUCACAUCCAUUAAUAAUCGGCUCACUGAAGCUCAGCCGCAGCCCGACGACGGCGCUGAUGGGAAUAUGUCACAUGUCGGAUUGUUGUCCUGGUCCCGGUCCAGGAAACAAAGACUGAAAGAUUGAAGACGUGACGUACAGGACUCCGUCUUCCUUACUGUCUUUGAGGCCGUUCAUCCAAUCGUCCGUCCGUCCACCCACCGACCGACCGACCGACCCAUCCAUCCAUCACUGACUCCUCUGACAUGUCUGUCCACUCAGUGGGUGGUUUUAAUGAUGGAUGAAGCGAAGCUAAAAUAGUCUCAGUGUCCUCUCUGUCCUGCUCCAUUUAUUCAUGACGGUGUGUCUUCAUGACGUGUGAUGAGGACGUUCGUCCUCGCUGAGUCGGUUCAAACUUUAAUGUGUCAACAUGUGACAGUCAGGAACAGACAAAAUGUCAGAGUCAGCAGAUCUUUGGAUCUGGGCUCAUGGUGACACCCGAACGCAUCGUAGUUCGAAUACAAGUCGGGACAGGCCUUGAUGAGGAUCACAGAUCCAGAAUCCAGUCUCUACUGAACCGAUCUGAUCUUGGUUUCUUUGGAUUCCGAUCUCAUCUGGCUCGUUAAUUUGAAACAUCGUCUGUGGUUGGUUAAAUUUCUAACCAAACCAAUUCUGAAUCUCUGUCUAUAUUUAUACUUUUGUCCCACAGUCAUAGUACUCCCACCAGCCACUAGAGGGCUAUGCGUUCAGUACCACACAAUUCCCAAGUCGGAUCCAGUCCACAAAUUGGGUUGCGUCCAGUGUAAAGACUCUGCCAAAUCACCAUGUGAACUGCCAAUGUAGUGACCCCUGACGAAAGCUCAGGUCAAAGGUCAUUCCAUGUAAACUUUGGGAUUCAGUUUGGAUACAAACAGCCCAGAUUGUAGUAUCUUCUCCAGUCCACAUCUGGACCAGAUUUUUAAUUAAGUUGAUCUGUUUAGAUCAGUGUUGAAGACAACACUUACCGGCAGGAAUUGAAGAAAGACACUCACAAAGAUCCUCUUCAACAGCUCUGAUGAUCCUUUUUUUACAUCUUUACAGAAGCUCUUUAAUCAGAGGAGACGCACUGACGUCUGGUUUCCUCUGAUGUGAAAUAAAAACCCAAAUUAGUCACAGACAGAUGGCCGUAAAACGUCCUCGGCAGAAGCUGCCAAAAUAUGAAUCUGCUCUUUUCUUUAGGAAAACAACCUCUUUAAUUGACCUUUCGACUAUUUUUACAGUCAAAAAGAAAAAAAAAAGUUGAUCCAAAGAGAGAGUCGUGUCGAGGGAAUCCAUCGACCAAAUGGUGUAGAAACUCAAUCUAACCUCCCGGCCCUGAGACGCAGGACUAAAAGACAAGACGGGAGGAAGACGGAGUGGAAAAUAAUCCACAGAAGAGUGAGGACGUGAUAUAAGAGAAAGGCUAAAGAGUUAACGACGGGAGAACGAGGCAGAAGUGCUGGUCGUAAAGAACCGAGACUGCGGCUCAAACUGUGUGCUUUUGGGAAAUGUAGCGUAGCCGCGCGGCUCCGGGCUCAGAGACGUGUCAGCGUUCCUGACACUGGGACGAGAUCAAGAGAUGAUCCGGAGAGGAGAGGAAGGAUUACCCCCAGAAGGUUACCAUCCGGCUAGAGGUUUCACCCCCCAACUUUACCACCAGGGUGCAGCACCACAACUCGGAACCUUAGUUCCUAGAAAGCAGAGAGUCCAAACAGGAGCUGCAGGAAAUGAACAGGAGAUAAAGAGGAAAAGCCUGAGAUUUCACCACCGUGUUUGUCUCGUCCUCCAGACGCCAGAGAAGUUCUUGUUCAUUCAAGGCUGGCAAUGUCGGCCCCACCAGCAGGUGGUGCCCCAGGUGACUGCCCAUGUGGCUCUGUGUGAUGACACAGCCUCCGUCUGACUGGAAUCCUCUGGUGUUCUUGGUGUCUACAAAGGAAGUACAGUUCAAAGGAAUGAUACAGCAAAAGUUGAAGAACUUGCGUCAUUUCCUGGACCUGGUGUCAAAGACGUCAGACUCCAGAAUUCUACAAAGGAAUUCUCAGACUGAAACACCAGCCAAGAAGAGUUUGGAGCUCCCUCAGGCGCGUGCUCCUAAUGAGCUGCCGCUCAAGGACGGCGUUGGUGAAGUGGCUGAUGCAGAUAAAGUCUGAAUCCUCACACCAGCUAAACGUUCAGAUUCAGGGCCACUGGGCCGCAGGUUGAGUCGAUGCUGGACGUGUUGACGUGGAGAUGAGGUCACACACAGACGGAGACUGGCUUCAGACCAGGAUUACCUGCUGACGUGACACUGAAUCCCGAGGCACCAGCCGAGGCCAGUGAGGAAGACUGACGGCAGCGUCGAACCCCCCACUCCUCCCAAUGUGACAGCAGCUUCACUUGACUCCCGUCACUCCUCGACUUUCUGGGAUUUCGUCGAGUUGAUUAAAGUCUAAAGCCACAGCUUACGUGUCACUGAGUGAAAACGAUGUUGUGAGGAAACUGUGAGACCAAAGACAUUCUGUCUCAGACCAGAGCUGGGCCGGGGAAGUUAUUUUUGGAACCUUUUAAUGUAAAAUUUUUUUCCCAGGACUGCUUUGUCCUGAAACAGAAGUUUUUGUUUUUUCUUUCUCGUCUUCCUGUCCUCGUCGCCUGCUCUAAGCUGUCCGGUCCGGAACAGCCUGCUUUCCAGAUGCCGCCAUGCCCAUCAUCAGCAAUGCCAACCAUGACUUUAGCAACCUCUCCGUCAGUGAUGACAGCAGCCUCGACCGCAUUUUCACAGAGAUUCCGGAAACGGAGACUAUUAAGGGCGUGUACUACCAAAGGGCUCAGUUUAUCAGGAGGCCAGAGGACCUGGUGUCCGUCGACCACGGGCUCCUGGCAGUGAUCAACGUUGGCGGGAACCGCUACACCUUUCCUUGGAGCACCCUGCAACAGUUCCCCCUCACUCGCCUGGGUCGCCUCUGCGGGUGUCGCUCGCCCGAGGACAUCGCCAGGGUCUGCGACGACUAUGACGAAGCUCGUAAGGAGUUCUUCUUCGACCGCUCGCCCUCCGCCUUCAGGGUCAUCCUCAACUUCUUAGCUGCGGGAAAGCUGCGUCUGCUGCGGGAGAUGUGCGUCCUUUCCCUGCACGACGAGCUGACCUACUGGGGCGUGGAGAUGACCUACAUGGAACGCUGCUGCAAAAGGAAAAUGUACACCCGCAUGGAGGAGGUGCACGAGCAGGAGCGGCGAGAGGGGGAAUGCCGGCAAAGGAAGGCCCUGCAGCGAGUCGUCAUAGAGGAAACCAAAUAUCGUAAAGUGAUGAACUGGCUGAGAGAUACCGUGGAAAAUCCGCAGUCUGGCGUCCCGGGAAAGAUCUUCGCCUUCCUGUCGGUGAUCAUGGUUGCGGUGACUGUUGUCAGCCUGUGUAUCAGCACCAUGCCAGACCUCAGAGAAGAAGAGGACCGGGGCGAGUGUUCCUCCAAGUGCUACAACAUGUUCAUCAUUGAGACGGUGUGUGUGGCCUGGUUUUCCUUGGAGUUCGUCCUGCGCUUUAUUCAGGCUCGCAGCAAGUUGGACUUCCUGCGAGGGCCUCUCAACAUCAUCGACGCCAUGGCCAUCCUCCCCUACUACGUCUCUCUAGUGGUGUCAGAGGAAGACCCGUCCCUGGACAACGAGAGACCGGGUGGCGGUAAGGGCUACUUGGACAAGCUGGGCCUGGUGUUGAGGAUCCUGCGAGCGCUGAGGAUUCUCUACGUCAUGCGUUUAGCCCGCCACUCUCUCGGCCUGCAGACGCUCGGGCUGACUGUCCGACGCAGCACCCGGGAGUUUGGUCUUCUCCUCCUCUUCCUCUGCGUGGCCGUCACCCUCUUUUCCCCACUGGUCCACUUGGCCGAGAGCGAGCUCACCGGGACCCACGACUUCAGCAGCAUCCCCGCCUCCUACUGGUGGGCCAUUAUCUCAAUGACGACUGUAGGCUACGGCGACAUGGUGCCGCGGUCCAUUCCAGGACAGGUCGUAGCUCUGAGCAGCAUCCUCAGUGGGAUCCUCAUCAUGGCCUUCCCUGCUACCUCCAUCUUCCACAUGUUCUCUCGCUCCUACCAGGAGCUCAAGAUGGAGCACGACCGUCAGCUGAAAGAGGAGUGCGCUGCUGCCGCGGCCGCUGCCGCAGCCUCCGGGGAGGCGCAGGAGGCAGGAGUCGAAGGAGGAGGAGGAGAAGCUGGGGACUUUGUGAAACCAGGACAGGGUUCACAUUUAGACAAGGACACUGUGCACUCACUGGAGUGUGUGGGAAAAGGCGGCGACGCUGCAGGAAACAAUAACCACGGCCUUCCAGCAGCUGCUUUCUGAACAACACACACAUUUGUCAAAGUUUUGCCACGGACAGAAUGUGUGUGUGUGUGUGUGUGUGUAGGUCUUUAGCCAUCCCUGUUUAGGCUCCACCCACAAAAGGGUGAAAGGUUGCUUUGUAUUAAAGCAGCCUUGUAUUUAAGUGCAAUACUAUACUUUCAAAUUCUUAUUCUGGGUUGUUCUCACUCGACGCAGAGUGAUGUUUUUCUAGACUGGACAGAGUGAUUUUGUUGAUUGAUGAUGGCUGGCUAAAACAGAUUAUCAUCUGAUUACCACAACAUAUUCAGACUUGUUUUUUUACCCAUCGAUAGUACGUGAUUGUUUUGCCCCGUGUUUUUUCCUGGUACCUUUUUCUCUCCUCGUGCUCUGCUUCUGCUGCUGAUAACUACCUCUUCUUUGGCCGGCUGCUUGGACUUCCAUCCUCUUCUUGUUUCUUUUCUUCAAACAUCUGUUUGUGAACAGCAGCGGGAUGAUUCAAAUGCUAAGCUAGCAGCCCAAAUAUAUAAAUCUAACAUGGAUUAAUAUUUCUAAUAGCUUAUUUAGGGACGUUAUAUGAGCAGAAAUAGUCUGACCAUACUGUACAUUUAUUCAUAUUUAAAUAGUUCAACUUAAGGUCUGUCCAGAUAUCCAGAAUUCCAAAGCAAAGGUGAAGAGGGCAAAGGUGAAGAAGGCAGGGUUGGCCAGAGACCUACAGCAUGGACCUCACUAUGUUCCUGCGAAAGCCUCAUUCCCUUCACGGCUUUGUAACAUCUUUGUUUCAUUGGAUGAAAAAGGAAAUGAUCCACAGAAAAACUGGACUACUUAAAAAAAAAUAUAUAUAUAUAUAUAUACCCUUUAGGAGAUGCUGUACUGUUCGUCUGACCACAAAGCCUCCGCAGCAAUAUUACGAACUGGAUGCUUCCAUAAACAUGCAAUAGUCGGUCCAAAGUUGCUUUUUCCUUUCACUGUGAAAAACCUUACAAACCCCGAGUCCAACCUUUGAGUUUAAUCCACAUUUAAUGUGUCGCCUACAGUCCUGACCUGGAAAUGUUCUGCCAUGAAUCCAGAGACCUUUUUUUCCCUCUCCUGGGUUUAUUUCUGAGAAGCUUAAAGCCAUGUUUUGCAGAGGCAAACGUUAACAAACUGUUAGUUCCUGCUCCUGUAAGGGAUGUUUAUGAAUCUGUAUCUUGUAUGUUAUGAGUCUGGGAAAAGACGGUUUCUCCGUUUGUCUACUUUAAAGUCAAGUUAAAUUGAAAGGGGAGUCAAAGCUGAUGGAGAGAGGGAGAGAGAGAGCACAUUUGAGAACCUGGGGGAGAGAGAGAGAGCAUGAAAUGUACUUUGCAGUGCUUCAAAUAAAAGCGUUCCAGAUCAUUUAAGAGAAAUGCAUUUCCUCAGCUGUAAUUUUUUGUAUUGUUCCAGCUCAAUCAGGUUCUAUCGAGAUGUAAGAAAGGUCACUUUUAGACACAUUAAUGUAAGGAAAAUACUAUAUAUAUAUAUAAUUCUGUGACAACCCCCUCUUUUCCUUGUGUCAUUUAUGCAGUUACAGUCCUCUGAAAGAACUGUCAACAUGUCGCUACGAAACUCAGAAUUUUUUACACCAACUUUGCCAUUUCAUAUCAUCGGCAUAGAGGGAAAUAAUUUGUCAGUCAAAUAAAAGGCAUCGUUCUCUUUCCCCUGACAAAGAUUCAGGGUCAUGCCAGAUGUGGAUGUAAUCUAGAUUAAAGGUAGAUUUAAAACAUGCAGAUGCGUCAGUGCCGAGAACUUUCAGAUGAAGCUGGCGUUUAUCCCGCUCGGCCUCCGUGAUAAUUCCACUCCCAUCGCUUGUCUCAUACUUUCUGAUGCUUCGAUUGGUUACUUGGAUUCUCCAUUCUGUUUAUAGUUGCACGGGAGUUUCAAAAUGAAGCUCCCGAGGAUCAUAAUUCAUCGUAAACGAGGCAAAGCAGCUUCACAUAAUGAGGAAUGAUGGAUUCCACAAUUACCCGCCUCUUGUCCGCGUUAUAAGCGAUCUCUAAACACAAUAUAUUUCACAGGACUGGUCAUAACUCAUACCUUAACGAAAUGAUUAGUAACAAGUAUAGUAAUGGGGUUGCAUGCUAAUAGGAAAAUCACGUCACAGAACGGCAGGCUAAUCUCUCAGCUGAGUUAGAGGGUAAACACACAACUGCGCGUCAAAAGAAUCAAGUAUAAAAGUAAAAACUUAUUUCUACAUUAUUUUACCUUUUACAUCAUCAUUGCAUUGAUUGGUUACAUUUGAAUCUUAAGGAGAAUUAAAACAUUUUUAAAUCUAAUCUCUACACUGUGUAUGUGCGCCGCUCUUCUUCCUCCCUCCCCUCACCCCCUCCUUCCUUAUGUGCCCCCACCUCUGUCUGACUUUGGGCCCCUAACUUAAUUCACAUGACUGCUCAUCUAUAACAGCGCAACAACAACAAACGGCGAAUGCUAACAUGCAGCGGCGGCGGGCGUAAUAAGUCAUGUAUAAUUUGUUUCUAAAAAGUUCAGCGAAUCAAUCAAAAGUUUUUUUUUCAAGGCGGAUUUGUUUCCUCUCCACACAACUCUUCUUCUUCUUCUCUUCUCCCACCUACUCACCCGGCGAUAGUGGGAGUUUUUUUUCUUGCUCAAUGAGAUUCUAAAGGUUGAACAGGUCGCUCAUUGUUCCACCAACAUGGGGGCGUAAGAAAACCUCACCAGACUGAAGCUU